AUGCGAUUUCGGAACCUCAUUCCAAACCUCCCGGACGUUGUCCUGCGACGAAUUUUUGACUUCUUGUCCUAUCAGCAACUGUGCAAAGCCGAAUGUGUGUGUCGGCGAUGGCAGAGCAUCGUUCUUUCCAUAAUGCGUAGGAAUGUCCAUGAGAUCACAAUUGACCGGUUCGGCUCAUCGGAACCGUCAGUGCAUCAGGUGGUACCGUUCCACCGACUGUCAGUGAGCUGUGCGCCGGACGCGUUUGAUUUCCUGGCUGGAGUCAUAAGGAGAUCACGUUUGUCGCUCAUACGAAUGACCGCUGAUAUUGAAUUCCUCACGAACCUGAAACAUGUAUAUGUAAACAAGGAUGAAAACAGGAAGUACUUCUCGAAUGUCGAUGAGCUGUGGCUGCUUAUCGUUGACUGCAACGAUAGAGUUACAGAAAACUUUCUUCAGAUAGAAGAGAAGUUGUUCAGCGAGAUAAACUUCCUCACUUUACAAGUGCACCUCACAACUGGAUGCUAUCGGAACGUCGCAGCCGUGUUGAACGCCUUCAUGGCACGACAUCCCAAAGUGACGCUGCGUCUCGAAAUUCACGCUGAAAAGAGCUCAUCGAUCUUUGCCCAACUCGCCGAACUGUCGCCAGUAGUCCUACGAAGGAUCAAGCUUAUUUGCACUGAAUUCGACCUUCCACCUCUUCGUUUUGGCGAACUGUACAGAAUCAUGAAAGAACGGAGGAUCAAAGCAAAAAGCAUCCUUUCCAGAGAUUGGACACUUUUGUUCGAUGGUUGCACGCCUGUCACAGCCUAUCCGAUAGAAACUCUCCGAAUAAGCAGCUGCACUGUGGGAUCAGUGGAUAAUCUCAUCGAAGCGCUACGACUCACAGCUCAACAGCAGCUGCCCAAAGUAAAACGGGUCACUCGACCUGCUGAUGGCACCGCAGCGAGCGCAUCUUCUGAAAAGCCUGUGAAGAAGGCCACGACGACACGAAAAAAAGCUUUCGUGAAAAAAUUGGAACUGGCUGGGCAAUGUACUUUGCGUGAACUCCAAUUUUUACAGACCAAAGCUCACGAAGAACUAAUAAGACGAUUGCAAGUUUCCGUGCCGGACUUGGUGGUCAGCUGUGAAGACAUCUAUUACUGCUGGUGA